UAUUCAAACUAGAUCAUUAAAGUUUGGUGAGACAGAGGAACGUGGCAACAAGCAACAGUGUAAUAGGCGCCCAUGGUUUGUUUGUAAACUAGAAUGUUGUUAAUUCGUAUUGAUAAUCAGUAGGUGUUGACCCCCACCGAUCUGAAAAUAGUAAUCUUCCCAAUCCAACAUCAUGGAACGACGACAUGUGACGGUGAUCAAACCUAGUCGGAGCGACGAGGUUUUAGACGAACAUCAGCAGCUCCAAAUUACCAACCAAGUGAAAGCCCUGUUCGAUGCUCAAGCACCUAAAAGACUCGCCAAACCUAACCGCAGUGAACCGGAUUCAGUCUCGCCCACAAUUCCUUUACAAGAGUUCCCUAUUCCAGAACUUGAAAAUCUCCGAUCUCUUCAGUCUCAAGCUGGUAUUAUCUUUUCUGAAAGUAAUAAUAGCUCGGAGCAUGAAGAGUUUGUGGAAACUCGUUACUAUAACGAGUUGGUUUCCAUUGACAAACAGCAUCACACGACUGGAAGUGGGUUCAUAAAGAUGGUCAACCAAACGGAUGGUAACAUUUACAAUCUUCAAUUGAACGGUGGUCAUGAGAAUGGCAGAGUCAAAGAGUUGAACACUAAUCCAGCGAGAAACGACUGGAUUCCCAGCAGUGAAGAUUAUCAGAUGCAUUUUAUAUUAAUCAGGUUGGAUUCACGUCCUCAAAACCCAACCGGAGUGAAAGUGAUUAGAUCAAAAGUCAAGAAUCAACCAGAUGCUGAAGUUGGUCUCUUCUAUUUUCCUGAAUUUGUUAAUCUUGAAUGAUUGGAGGGACAAAUGAGGGAUGAUAUACCACGUCCUUAGGUUGAUUAUUUCAGUAUACUGGUUGGUAUCUGAAUAGUAGUAAUAGUAUAUAAUUUCUAGUAGGGACGCUGCCAAUGCUGUUUUCGUGAAUUGGCUAAUAAAAUAGUUCUUGUAAGCAAACUCUGCCAAUGGUAGAAAUUGAUCCCAGUGGCCUUUGAAAUCAAUAAUACAUGUUCUUAACAUCUGAA